GACUCUUCGUGACGUCAUGUUAUGAUUGCGGAAGUGGCUCGGCAGGGCUAUUGUAACACGAAUCUGCUGUAAGAUAAAUUUCACUGAGAAGUUGAAUGAGUUAUUUUCUUUGAAAACAGUCAGUCCGCGAUGGCAGCUCUUAAAUACGCCGGAAUGGAUGACACAGACAGUGAAGACGAGCUUCCUCCCGGCUGGGAGGAGAGAUCAACCAAAGACGGAUGGGUUUAUUAUGCCUACCACGAGGAAAUGAAGACUCAGUGGGAGCAUCCCAAAACUGGGAAGAAGAAACGCUGUGCUGGAGCUCUGCCAUAUGGAUGGGAGCAGGAGACCGACGAUAAAGGCCAAAUCUUCUAUAUUGAUCACAUCAACAAACGCACCACAUAUUUUGACCCUCGGCAGGCCUUCACCAUAGAGGACAUGCAGGUGAAGCCCAAACGCUACGAUGGGAACACCACGGCUCUGGAGGUCCUGCAUGACCGUGACCUGUCUGAUAAGGUGGUGGUGAUUACUGGAGCAAACUCUGGCAUCGGUUUUGAGACUGCCCGAUCUUUCGCUCUUCAUGGUGCUCAUGUGAUCUUAGCGUGCCGAAACCAAAGUCGUGGCAUUAAAGCAGUGAGUCUGAUCACAGAAGAAUGGCGCAAAGCCCGUGUUGAAGCCAUGACGCUGGAUCUGGCUUCUUUGAGGAGCGUCCGGGAGUUUGCAGAGAUUUUCAAAGCCAGGAAACUGCCGUUGCACAUCCUAGUGUGUAACGCAGCGGUUUGCACGCAGCCCUGGAGUUUAACGGAGGACGGGCUGGAAUCCACCUUUCAGAUCUGUCAUCUCGGUCAUUUCUACUUGGUGGAGCUCCUGCAGGACGUCCUGCGCCACUCCGCUCCGGCUCGGGUGGUGGUGGUCUCCUCAGAGUCUCACAGGUUCACAGAUCUGGUGGACUCGUGUGGGAAGGUGGAGCUGAGCCUGCUUUCACCUCCACAGAAGGAGUACUGGUCGAUGCUGGCCUACAACCGUGCCAAACUCUGCAACAUCCUCUUCUCCAAUGAGCUGCACCGCCGCAUGUCACCUCACGGCGUCACCUGUAACGCACUGCAUCCUGGGAACAUGAUGUACACCUCCAUCCACCGCAGCUGGUGGCUCAUGACCCUGCUCUUCACCUUUGCUCGACCCUUCACCAAGUCUAUGCUUGAUGUCGUUCACCCCCGCGUGAAGCACGACCGCUCUGAUGCUCUCGUCACCCUUCAGGAUCGUGGGUUUCUGUGUUCUCUACGGCCUUCUGCUCCAGUUCACUCAGUACAGCUCAAACGUGUCCUCACCUGGACUCAAAGGUAGACACAUAUCCACUAUUAGAGAAAGUAAAACAAUGAUAUUGUGUGUGUAUAAACUGUAAGCAAUUGGAGAUUAGAUGCAACCAAGCUGGAAAUGCCAAUGGACUAUAAACUGGUAACGAAAAUAAAACUAGUACAAACAAGGCCCCUUCAAUUGUUUUUGUUGUAGAAUAUGACAAGGAAAAUGUUCAGAUGUUAUAGGAACGAAAAGGAUGGUGUUUAAAAUUGAUUUUAAGAAAAAGAAAAUAGAUAAUGAAGAAUUAACUUCACGGAGCUCCAAACUUAAACCACAUAGGAGCAACAAACAGGAAGUCAAAUGACAUGGUCUCUAUGAAAAAAAAAAAAAAUUGCCUUAUAAUUUAGCCAAAGAUAUUUAUCUUUGAAGGAAGCGCUACAUGGUUCUCUACCUUUUAGAGCAGACUUUACAUCAUUCCAGAAGUGCUUUUCCAGAAGUAUUAGACUAGUGUUGGACUACAAGAAGAUCCAGUUCCUGUUUUGACAUUUAUCUUUGCACAUAUUUCUCAUACUUUUUACAGGCCUCUCUGCUAAAGCUGAAAUCUUAAUAGUUUCCUAGAAAUUCAUACUGGGUUAAAUAUUUUUAAGAAAGAAGAUCUCUUGAUGUUAUUGCAGUGAAAACCUCUACUGACUAAGGCCUUAAUAACACCAAAUCUUUCUUUCUUUCUUUUGCUCUUUUGCACCCGAAUUUCAACAUUUAAUAGUAAUACGAUUCCCUGUUUGUUUUUAGUCUCAAAGAUUAGAUACUGAGUAAGUGAAACAAUUGUUAAAGGCUUGUGCACAGAAAUUGUAAGCCAUAUUUUGCAGGGAUCUCGUCUCAGGGCUGUCAGUGUUGGUCUGAAUGGCUUUAGGCCCAGCGGGUGGCUCUGUUAUGCCUGACUGCCUUUACAAUGUUUCUGUGAAUGAGUGUGAUCUAAUGCCAUGCUCAGUACUGUGCCGUACACUCUGACAGCGGUUUAACCUUCGCAUCUGGAAACACUGUGUGGGUGUGUGCGUGUGUGCGUGCAUGCAUGCUUGUACAACAUGUGUGUGCUGUAAAUGCAGAUGAACAAAAACUCUAAUUCCGGAAUAUAUUAUUGCAUUAAUGUAAUCUAAAAUAUGCGCUCACCAUCACUUCACCUGUUUUGAUUCUACAAAGGACACAGGACAAAUAUACUCUGAAUGGCUUCUUUAAACUGACCAGACUUCUGUUAUUGUGGCACUUUAUAUCU